AUAAAUUCUCUGCCCUCCAACAUCCACCCAGCACGGCCCCACAGCUCCUGCGGAAAAGGCGCUCCUUCCCGACCUGAGCUCCGACAAAGAUUUCACCUUCCAGAAAAGAGGGCUCGGGCUUCCCCGGGGACUGGAACGGCCUUCCCACGCUCCAUGCUGCCCCAGGAAGCCUCCCUUCUCCUUUCCACCUUCUCGCUGGGAAAAUGACUCUCUCUCCAGCCUCCGCCUUCCCCCUAACGCUGGGCGAGUGAAGAGACCUGCCUCUGGCUACCCAGGCGGGCAGAGGGCGGCGCCCGGACGCCCGCUGGAAACUCCGACUCCACGCGAGGUGCCGCGCGCGCGUGUAACUCACUCGCUAAGAAGAGCCACCUCGGGGAGCCGCUCCGCAGACCAGCCUGCGCGCAGGUGCGGAGCCGGCGGGCGGGCGAGCGCGGCGCCCCGCUCCUUCCCGCGGGGGAUGAAGUCCUGCAAGCCCGGCCUCCCCGCGGCCGGGGCGCGCGCCGGGGCGCCGUGCGCGGGCGGCGCCGAGUGCGCGGGCGCGUGCGCCGGGGCCGGGCGGCUGGAGAGCGCGGCGCGCCGGCGGCUGGCGGCCAACGCGCGCGAGCGGCGCCGCAUGCAGGGGCUCAACACGGCGUUCGACCGGCUGCGCCGGGUGGUGCCGCAGUGGGGCCAGGACAAGAAGCUGUCCAAGUACGAGACGCUGCAGAUGGCGCUGAGCUACAUCAUGGCCCUGACCCGCAUCCUGGCGGAGGCCGAGCGCUUCGGCUCGGAGCGGGACUGGGUGAAUCUCCACUGCGAGCACUUUGGCCGCGACCCCUACCUCCCGUUUGCGGGCGCGAAGCUGCCGGGCGAGAGCGAGCCCUACGGCCAGAGGCUCUUCGGCUUCCCGCCCGAGCCCUUCCAGAUGGCCAGUUAGGGCGCGCGGCCCCGCCGGGUGCGGUCCGGGCAUCUAGCCCCGGAGCCCGCCUCCCCUUUCCCAGCGUCUGCAGGGCCUCUCGGUGACCGAGGAUGCAUUCUUAGCAUAAAGUUAGCAGACUUUCAGGUUACUUUAGUUUGCAUCACUAGGCUAUGGACACGAGGGUUUUAUUGUCUUUCUUCCUACCCUUCUUAUCAGUGUUUUGCAGAUUUCAUAGAUGGAUCUUGUGAAUGGUUUUGAUGGCUGUGAAAAUAAUUCCCCCUCUCCCUUUUUUGGUCUACGUUGAGGGAAAACAAUCUUAAGGAAAACGUAGAAGUAACGGUAUAUUGCAGCUUUAGUCCUCAGAGAAAUAAUCACUUCCUUAAACUUUGUCAGUUUGUCCUGUUCGGGUGAAGUUACGGUAUCCAUUCCUCGUGUAUGCUUAAAACACAGCUACCUUCCUAUCGUGUGAAUGCAUUUUGCUUAGUGCAUUGUGUGCGCAUGCAUGAAGUAGACUCCUUCCCCCCACCCCAGAGUACAUGGCCGUGAAUGUUCUGUAUUUUUAAAAACUGUGUAUACAUUAUUAAAAUACAGAUUUUGUAAAA